AUGGCCACCCCUUCCGCACAGGAUGCUCUGACGGCGGAGGACCUGCUCGCUGUGCGACGGAAGCUGGAGCAACAUCUGGCUCAUCACGCGCACCAAGUGUCUUCACUCACGAAGAAAGAUGUCCUCGACUUGGGCCAACUACAGCACGAGGUUCACGUGGAGGACGAGUGCCGUGCAAAAAGGCUGUUUGUAGUCGACGGCUUUGCAGGGGCUGAUCCGGAAUAUCGGAUCAAAGUACGCAUGAUCGCUACUCGGGCGUAUCACGCGCUAUUCAUGCAAAACAUUCUCCUGACUCCGACAGUUUCGGAGCUCCAAACUUUCGAGCCCGAUUUCACGAUUUAUAACGCCGGCCUGUUUUCGGCGAACCGCUUCGCAGAGGGCGUCAGCAGUCAGACAUCCGUCGCACUUCAUCUAGGGCGAGGGGAGAUGGUCAUUCUCGGGACCCAGUACGCAGGCGAGCUCCAUAAAGGCAUUUUUACCUAUAUGAAUUACGUCAUGCCCGCGAAGGGUGUCUUGCCCCUACAUGCAUCUUGUAUUGUUGGGAGCGCGAAAAGCAACAAUGACGUCACCAUGCUCCUCGGACUGACCGCGACGGGAAAGACAGCCCUUGUAGCCACAACGGCGGGGCAGCUCCUAGCAGACGAUGAAGUCCUGUGGACGCCUAACGGCGUGUCAGGCGUCCUCGGAGGCUGCUAUGUUCGCUGUAAAGACAUAGAUACGGAUCCCUGUCAGACCUUUGUGGAGGCCAUGGUUUACGGGAGUGUCAUGGAGAAUGUUGUCUUGGACAAGGCGACACGGCAAGUGUACUUCUACGACACGACUCUCACGGAUAAUACACGCUGUACUUAUCCAUUAGCGUAUUUGGAGCGCGGCAUGAAAGGUCUCCCUUCCGUCUGCCUCCAUCCCAAGCAUUUCAUCAUGUUGGUAAACGACACCUUCGGUGUAUUUCCUCCCGUCGCUCGCCUCUCUCUCCGCCAGGCUAUCUUUUAUUUCCUGAGUGGAUUCACCUGCAAAGAAGCGACGGUCGAAAAGGGAAGUAACGGGACGGUGCCCGAGCUCCAGCGGCGCAUCGUCACUUUCUCGGCCUGCUCAGGUUGCCCCUUCCUGCCGCUCCACCCCACAGUCUACAGCGGCAUUCUGGAAGAAAAAAUCCGACAACACGCCACUACCGUGUGGCUGAUGAACACCGGCUGGGUGGGAGGUCCAGCUUACGGCAUCUCAAGUUCGACUGGCGAAAAAGUGCCGCUUGAGAUCUCACGGCGCAUCGUCAAUGCGAUCCACGACGGCACAAUGAACGAGUGUCCUUUUAAGGCACUGCCUGUGUUCGAUCUGGAAAUCCCUGUCGCUUUCGGUGGCGUCCCGGAAGAGAUGCUCUCGCCUCUGCAGGCGUGGACAAGGAGGACGGGAGAUCCGACCAAGUUCGAGAGUGAAGCGCGGCAUGUCGCCAGUUUGUUUGUUGAUAAUUUCAAGCAGUUUGAAGGGAGCGUUUCCUCUGAGGUCGCUUCCGUUCUCACGAGUGCCCCGCACGCCAACGGCACCCCCAGCCCGCUUUCGUAG